UGGUCAUAUAAAAAGAAUAGCACUAACUACUUGAAAAAUGGCUGUGGAAAGUUGAAAGAGAGGUACAAGCUGUGAUUUGUGUUUGGAAGGAGAAGUGUGAGUGGUUUUUUCUAAGCACAGUUUGCAAUGAAGACAGAAUCCCACCAACUCAAUGUAAUUUUUCUACCAUAUCUAUCUCCUGGUCAUUUGAACCCCAUGGUGGAUACAGCAAGGCUUUUUGCCAGAUAUGGUGUUAGUGUUACCAUUAUCACUACCCAUGCUAAUGCUUUGACAUUCCAAAACGCCAUAGACAGUGACUUCAAUAGUGGAUACCACAUCAGAACUCAAGUGGUACCAUUCCCAACAGCCCAACUUGGUCUCCCUGAUGGUGCUGAAAACCUCAAAGAUGGCACUUCCCCAGAUAUAAUUGGUAAAAUCUUUUAUGGAGUGUCGAUGCUCCAAGGUCCAUUUGAGCUUCUGUUUCAGGAUCUGCAACCAGAUUGUCUUGUAACUGAUCUGCUGUAUCCUUGGACAGUUGAAUCAGCUGCAAAACUAGGCAUUCCAAGGCUUUACUUUUACAGUGCAAGCCAUUUCGCAAGCUGUGCGACUCAUUUUAUCACAAAGCAUAAGCCUCAUGAGAGGUUAGUUUCUGCCACCCAGAAGUUCUCAAUUCCUGGUCUUCCACAUAAUAUUGAGAUGACCAACUUGCAGCUAGAACAAUGGGUAAAGACUAAGGAUGAAUUUUCAGACUUAAUGAAUGAAGCCUAUGAAUCACAGAUCAGAAGUUAUGGAACACUGUGCAACAGUUUUCAUGAACUUGAAGGUGAUUAUGAGCUUCUUUAUAAAAGUACAAAGGGGAUCAAGUGCUGGAGUGUAGGACCAGUUUCAGCCUGGGCUAACAAGGGGGGUGAGGAAAAGGUCACUAGGGGACACAAGGAGGACUUUGCACAAGAUUCAGAGUGGCUACAUUGGCUUAACUCUAAGCAAAAUGAGUCUGUACUUUAUGUAAGUUUUGGGAGCCUCACGAGGCUCCCUCAUGCUCAAAUUGUUGAAAUUGCUCACGGGCUCGAAAUUUCUGGCUGUAAUUUCAUCUGGGUUGCACGAAAAAAAGAUGAAAAUGACAAUGGACACAUUUUCCUUCAAGAGUUUGAGGAGAAGAUGAAAAGAAGCAAGAAGGGUUAUAUCAUAUGGAACUGGGCACCACAGCUGCUGAUAUUGAACCACCCUGCCAUAGGAGGAAUAGUGACUCACUGUGGUUGGAAUUCGAUCCUUGAAAGUGUGAGUGCUGGAGUGCCAAUGAUCACAUGGCCAAUGUUUGCAGAGCAAUUUUACAACGAGAAGCUGCUAGUUGAUGUGUUGAAGAUUGGAGUUCCGGUGGGAGCUAAAGAAAACAAGUUCUGGACAAGCCUGGGAGAGGAUGCAAUGGUGGGAAGGGAAGAGAUUGCAAAGGCUGUGGUAGAGUUGAUGGGAAAAGAAGAGAGCACAGAAAUCAGAAGGAGGGCAAGAGAACUUGCAGGUGCUUCCAAGAAGAGCAUAGAGGAGGGUGGAUCGUCUUACAACAGCUUGAUGCAGCUGUUAGAUGAGCUAAAAUCACUGAAGGAAUCUAAAGCUGCUGAGAAAACAAACACAAAAAUUUAGUCUUGAGGAAGGUUUUAAAUAAGAUUGAAUCGCACCAAAAUUUUCUUUUUCUGUCAAGCAUAUUAAUCCUGUUCCCAAGGCUUUGCUUAGCCUUUUUACUGAAUAGCAAGUAAAAUGGAGAUAAAGGUAUGUUGCCUUUGCAGAUACAGAAAGUCAUAUUUACGGCAGAAUAUAUCUUAUUUUUAAUAUCCU